GGCGAUGACAUUGAGAUGUCUUGCGCGUUCCGAGCCAGUGGGACCACCUCGUAUUCGCUGGAGAUCCAGUGGUGGUACUUGAAGCAAUCCCCCCGGGAGAUGGCACGCGGUGCCCAGGGAGCCAGGCCCAAGGUACCAGUCAACAAAGAUGCCACCAAAAUCAGCACUGUCCGGGUGAUGGGCAAUGACAUUUCGCACAAGCUGCGGCUCUCUGGUGUGAAGAAGGAGGAUGAGGGCGUUUAUGAAUGCAGAGUAACCGACUUUAUCGACGACGAAACUCAGGAACACAAAGCCCAGGCCACCUUACGGGUCUUAGCCCGCUACAGCCCGGAGAUGCAAGCGGCCGAAGCUGUCUCCCACAUUCAGAGUCACGGACCCCGGAGGGGAAGCGUGCAUUCCACCUCGGUACCGGGCUCAGACAAGAGGCGAGUGGCAGAAGCAGGCCCUGGCAACGAUACCGUCUCCUCAGCCAGUCCCGCCUCUGUCUCCCCACCCCCAGGCAACGCAGCCAUGAUCGGACAGCACACCUCCGAUGGGAAACCAACACAGACGCUAACUUCAGGUUUUGAACCCCUUUCUGCAACUCACCCUUUCCUAUUUAUCUCGCUGCUGAUCUUACAGAGGCUCUGCACAUAUUAGUAAACCUUGACUGAUUCCUCCAAAGUAACCUUUCUCAAUCAAACAAAGAAAAUGUGCAGUGAAGGAGACAAAAAAAAAGACUAUGAAGAGUGAAGAAUUUUUAAAAAACUGCUUAGAUCAGACUGCGUUUCAAAAAUUGCAAAGGAACCACCGGAAGACAUGAGAGGGAAAAAUGUUUAUCUGAGAAUGACCUUCAAACAUUUUCAGCAGUCAAAUAUUGCACAUUCUAAAUGUUCUCAAUGUGGUAAAUUAAUUUCCCAACAAACAUAAUGUAAAGCCUUGCUGUAUGCAGCAUGGCAAUUGGAUUAUUUGUAACAAAUUCCACCUUCUUGUUUCCUGCUCAACUCAUUCCAUCACCACCGUGACAUUCUAAACUGACCAUUCAGGAUCAGUAACCUAACAAAACUUUAGAUUGAGCUCUUUGUUCAUUCAUGUUUUAUUUUAUGGCUUUUAGAUUUUUGAUUCACUUUGAGAAUUUUACGUAAA